AUGUGCUACACGAGCGGAACGUCGGGGUCGCCGAAGGCGGUGAUGCUGUCGCACGGUAGCGUGUGCGCGGCGACGCGGGCGAAGUUGGAGGUAGUGGGAUACGACGCGGGGGAUACGUAUCUGCACGUCGCGCCUCUAUAUCACGUCGGUGGGUUGUCGAGCGCGCACGCGACGCUCGCCGCGGGCGCGAAUCACGUGUUCGUGAAUAAGUUUGAUCCGGACCUCGUGUUGCGCAUCAUCGUCGACGAAGGCGUCACGGCGUUCAUCGCUGUGCCUGCGAUGAUGCGCGAGCUCGUGGACUCGCGCGGUGGCGACACAGUGUUUCCGACGGUGAGGAAAAUUCUCGUAGGCGCCGGGCGGCUGACCGACGAAUUGUACAACUCGAUUCGGCACGUCUUUCCGAACGCUAAGGUCACGAUGGCGUACGGUAUGACGGAAACGACAUCAUCGGUGACGUUUCUUUCGCCAGAGGACGCGCGGUUUGAACUGGAUGCGGAUUCAACGUUUGCGGGAAACGCGGCUCCAGGGGUUGAGGUGAAAACGGACGCCGAAGGACAGCUUCUCGUUCGGGGGUCGUCGCUCAUGCUCGGCUACGUCGGCGUUGAUCGCACGGAGACAUUCGAUGCAGACGGAUGGUUUGCCACGGGUGAUCUCGGCGCGGUUGGGGAGGCACGGGGCGAAGAGACUGGUUCGCGCGUUUGGUUACGAGGCCGCGCAAAGGAAAUGAUAAAAUCUGGCGGCGAAAACGUCUCGCCCGAAGAAGUAGAGCGAAUUCUGAACAAGCACGCGAACGUCGAGGCGUCCGUCGUGAUCGGCGCGCCGCAUAGGAAAUGGGGUGAAGCCGUCGUGGCGAUCGUGAAGCUUCGCGCGACGGCGUCGGAUACCGAAGCAGAGCACAGAACGGCGCUUCGCGACUGGUGCGCGAAAUCGGAACUCGCGCGCUUCAAGAUUCCGAAGUGUUUCGUCUUCACGGAGGACUUGCGAUCGAACGCCAUGGGGAAGUUAAUGAGAGAUGCAACCUACAGGGCGAAUGUCCUCGCGAUUGAACACGCGGUCUCGAGAGUUAGGUAA